AGGAGGCGGGAGGAGGAGUCCGGACGGGAAGGUGGAAAAUAAAAGCGCAGAGCAGGCUGAAGAUGCAGGAAAGCUGCUCCUGCUGCUGCUGCAAGAUAAAGAGCUCAACAUGGGGAACUGGAUUAUCAACAAUGGACUUACAUCGUUCAUACUGGUGGUGUGGAUGGGCAUCAACAUCUUCCUUUUCGUGUGGUUUUACCUUUUCUACGAUCUGAGGGAUGAGUUUUUCUACACGCGUCAUCUUUUAGGCUCUGCCUUGGCCUGGGCCAGAGCUCCAGCAGCCGUCCUCAACUUUAACUGCAUGCUGAUCCUCCUGCCGGUGUGCAGGAACCUGCUGUCUCUGCUCCGAGGCUCCUUUGUGUGUUGCGGCAGAUCAAUGAGGAAACAACUGGACAAAAAUCUGAGUUUCCACAAACUGGUGGCAUACAUGAUCGCUCUGAUGACAGCCGUUCACAUGAUCGCCCAUCUGCUGAACGUGGAGUGGUACAACAACAGCAGACGAGGAGUUUAUGAUAAACUCUCAAUGGCUCUGUCCAACCUGUCGGACGAAGGAAACACCACCUAUCUGAACCCAAUCCGCGUAACACACAUCGAUGCGCAGCAGACUCCAACCUACUUCGUCUUCACCACCAUCGCCGGCCUUACAGGCGUCAUCAUCACGCUGGCCCUCAUCCUCAUCAUCACCUCCUCCAUGGAGGUCAUCAGACGCAGCUACUUCGAGGUCUUCUGGUACACACACCAUCUGUUUGUCAUCUUCUUCGCUGGUCUCGUGUUUCACGGAGCCGGGUUCAUCGUGAGGAGACAAGUGAAAACAAAUCCACCACACAAUUUCACCUUAUGUAAAGACCGCAGUGAUGAAUGGGGACGGAUUUCUGAGUGUCCCAUCCCUCAGUUUGGAGGAGGACCUGCACAGACCUGGUGGUGGGUGAUCGGCCCGAUGAUUCUGUAUAUCUGUGAGCGUGCGCUGCGUUUCAUCCGUUACAUGCAGAGGGUCCAGUACAGGAAGAUCGUGAUGCAUCCGUCGAAGGUGUUGGAGCUGCAGCUGGUGAAGGACGGUUUCAAAAUGGAGGUGGGUCAGUACGUCUUUCUCAACUGCCCGGCCAUCUCCCAGCUGGAGUGGCACCCGUUCACCAUGACCUCCGCCCCCGAGGAGGACUUCCUCAGCAUCCACAUCCGCUCGGCUGGAGACUGGACUGACAAACUCAUCGACAUCAUGCAGCAGCUACCAGAGGGAGGUCAGGGACCCAAAAUGGGCGUGGACGGGCCUUUUGGCACAGCCAGCGAGGACGUAUUCGACUAUGAGGUCAGCAUGCUGGUCGGCGCUGGCAUCGGGGUCACUCCCUUUGCCUCCAUCCUCAAGUCCAUCUGGUACAAGUUCAAAAUCUCCAACCCCAAACUGCGCACCAGAAAGAUCUACUUUUACUGGCUCUGCCGGGAAACACACGCCUUCGAGUGGUUUGCCGACCUCCUGCAGGUGCUGGAGAGAGAGAUGGAGGAGAGAGGGAUGGGGGAUUUCCUCACCUACAAACUCUUUCUGACUGGAUGGGAUCAAAGUCUUGCUGGUCAUGCCUGGGUUCACUUCGAUGAGGACACAGAUGUCGUGACUGGGCUCAAACAGAAGACUCACUAUGGCAGACCUGUCUGGGACAAGGAGUUCGAACAAGUCCGCAAAGAAAACCCCACGUCUGUUGUGGGAACUUUCUUGUGUGGCCCCGCAGUUCUCGCAAAAGUCCUGGAGAAGAAAUGUGCAAAAUACUCAGACGUGGAUCCUCGGAAGACCAAAUUUUACUUCAACAAGGAAAACUUCUGAGUCACAGGAGAGAAGUUUCUUUUAAUGUGUGUGCUAUGUAAAACUACUAAUGAUGACAAAACUGCCCGACAACCUGUUGCACUAGCUGGGUGUGUUUUCACACUCUAGACUUUACUGCUCACUGAUAAAGAGGCAGGGCAUGUUUUUUUUAAAAAACGACUCAGGGACUUACAGUCUUUCUUCAUUUUUUUCAGCCAUGAUGACAUGAAUCACGGCCACAUAAUCCCCUCUGACUCAUGACUUUUACGGUCUAAUUACACUCUGAUGUUUGUAGAUUCAGAUCAUUAACUCAUAGCCUCAAAGUUUCUGACAGCCUGAGGUGAUAAAGAUUGAAAUAAGUAUUUUACUGUUACAUCAGAACCUCAAAUGUUUUUGUUAGCACAUCAUUUUGAAAAACUUUUUUGCACAAAGAUGAACUUACUAAGACAAUGCACAAUUACUUUUUCUUUUGGGUACAUAAAUUCAUUUACUUUUUAUUACUAAAGCAGCUCAUAGAGGGCUGUAAAUAAGGAAUAUUUCUUUUUUUCCAAUAAUU